AUGGCUCACCUUGAAAAACAAGAAACCUACCCACUCGACCACAACUCCUACAAAAUCCUCGACGAGAUCGGGCGUGGGACGAACAUCACUGUAUACAAAGCCAUCUGCAUCCCCAUGAACUCCUCCACAGUCGCAAUCAAAGCCAUCGACAGGGACGGAUACCAUUACAAUCGUAAUAGCAGCAACAAGGCUGAUGGAAGUGGUGGCAAUAGGUUCCCGAGGAGUUUCAAGGAUAUGGUAGGGUUGUGCCUCGAGCGAAAACCUUCGAGGAGGCCGUCGGCCGAUAAGCUGCUCCGGCACCAGUUUUUCAAGGGAAACGUCAAGGGUCCCAAUUAUUUGGUUAGGAAUGUUCUGCAGGGACUGCCGCCCGUUGAGCGGAGGUUUAAGGGUGCGAAGAUCGAUGAUCGGCGGCUCAGGUCGCUCGAGAAAAUAGAGUGUGAUGACGAGGAUGGCGAUGAGAUAAUAACGAGAAAGAGGAGGAUUAACGGGUGGAAUUUUAACGAUGAGGGAUUUAAGAUGGAGCCCGUUUUCCCACCCGAUCACGACAAAGAAAAUGUUGAAAAGCAAGUGAGUCCUGAAGACGAGGGUGUGAUUCAAGAAAAGGAAGGCUCCGAGGGGUCAAUUUCGGCCUGUUCGGUUGCGGAUUGGGGUGGCGGUGUUGCGGGGGUGGUGUUGGAGGGUUUACUUUUCCUGAGGAGGAGUUUGGAUUUGCAGAGGCAGCAGGUGGAGAAGAUGAUUGCGUUGGUAAGUGGGGAAGAGAAUGGCGAGACGAGCAUGGAGGAUCAGAUGGCGCAGACGGUCGAAAAGUUGAAGAUGGAUUUGCAUGUUGAAAGGAAGAAGAGAGCGGAUUUGGAGAUAGAGUUGGAGUUUCUCAUGUUGCACCAUUCCAGUGAAUAUUAA